AUGUCCACUUUAAGUGAUUCUGGUUUUGAAGAGGACCUCCAGAGCCCUUCUCCAUCCCAGCAGCACGUCGCAGCUCCAUGGUCAGGACACGGACUGGCAGCUGAGGACCUGCACAGCCAGCACGAUGAGAGCUGCUUCAUCAUUCAGACCAACAAGCAGGAGGACUUUCUGCCUCUGGACUGUUUGGCUCGCCAGCCACAGAUAACCGCCGAGGCACGCUGUAAACUGGUGAGCUGGCUCCUAGCCGUUUAUAAACACUUCAAGCUGUCGUUUGAGUCCUGCUGCUUGGCCGUCAACAUCAUGGACCGAUUUUUGGUCACAACGUCAGUGGCAGCAGAUUGCUUCCAGUUACUCGGCGUGACGUCUUUACUGAUCGCAACCAAACAUGUUGAAGUUUGCUCCCCGCGCAUUAAGCAGCUGCUCUCACUGUGCUGUGAUGCUUUCUCCAGAGAGCAGCUCUGCAAUCUCGAGUGCCUCAUUCUCCUCAGACUCAACUUUCGCCUGGCUGCACCAACCCUCGCUUUCUUUCUUGAUUACUUCAUCAGUCAGGAGUUUUCCAGAUAUGCAACUGGAACGGAGGAAAAAAUCCCAGACGAAGGAAACAACCACAGGAGCUGGAAAGCCACUGAAGAGCAGCUCUUCACUGUGAAGAGGUAUAAAUGUUUAGCUUGCAAAGUGUGUGAGCUGAGUAUGGCAGACUACGCUUUCAACAAGUACCAGCCAUCUGUGCUUGUACAAAGUGCUUUAAAUCUAACAAAGGACCUAUUAAGGAGACAAUUAAAAGAGUCCUCAGUCAAACACACCAGCUCAUCAGAGAUGUUAGACUUUCUCUGUGUUGUAGAUAACAACCCACAGGGCUUGGACAAUCAUACUUUAAUCCAGCAAUGCACACAAGAGCUGAAAUUAUUAGUGUCUCUCAAUCAGGAGUCAGUUCAGGACUUAAUAACACUCUGA